UCUUCUUCUUCAUCUUCUUCUUCUAAGCCUGCUUCUUCUACAACCCAAAUCAUGUUUUCUUCUUCUUCUGUUCAAUCCCCUUCAUGUCACUUUAAUUCCCCAAGAGUUCCAACAUGAACAUCACCCACAUGUGUCAGUACAUGAAUGUGGUUACUGCUUUAUUGUUAAGUGUUCAAGUUUGUCUCUUUUAAUGGAUCAAAUUUGGUCCUAGUUUGAGCUUGCGAGCAUGCGGAUAACUCCAAAGGAGUCUCGUGCUUGUUUGCAUGGCUGUAUUGUGCAAUUGUAAAUACCUGUUAUGAUGUUUAUGAAGAUGUAUUUGUUUCAUGGCCAAAGGGUCAUUUGUUCUA